AUAUACCGUCAAUGACUAAACAACACAAAAGUAAACAAAAAAAGAAAAAGAGAGAUGAAGGUACGUUUUUUCUUCAUCUUAGUUCUCCAUCUUUCCUCAAAAUAUGAUUCGAAAAUUGUAUCGACAGAGCCGUUUAAGAUAUCUACUCGAAGAAACAUCUUGUCCCCAGAAAAAGUCUUUGUGUUUGGUUUCUUUAAACCGUCGACAACUUCCGGAGUAGCUGACCGCUGGUAUCUCGGCAUAUGGCACCACAGGUUUCCUCAGGAAGUCGUAUGGGUUGCGAAUAGAGACAACCCAAUGUCGAAGCCCGUAGGAACCCUCAAAAUCUUGGAUACCAACCUGGUACUCCUUGAUCAACACGGUACCCGCGUCUGGUGGACCAAUAGGACUAGCACAAAUCUCAUGAAAUCACUAGUGACUGGAGAGCUUCUUGACAGUGGGAACUUCGUGUUAAGGUACUUCAACAACGACUCAUCAACUGGGUGUUUGUGGCAGAGUUUCGAUUUUCCGACGGAUGCUUUAGUGUCCAAUAUGAAACUAGGGUUUGAUGCCAAAUCGAAUAUAAAUAGGGUCUUGGAAUCUUGGAGAAGCUCGGAUGAUCCGUCAUCAGGAGAAUUCACCUAUGGAGUGGAACGUCAUGAGCUCGUGCAGAGUGUCACUCGGAAGAAGGGUCUGCCAACAUUCCGGAGUGAACCCUGGAAGAUUAAAAAUGAGAGUGGAAAUUUCACCUACGUGACGUACAACAUUACCGUAACCAGAGAAGAGGCCACAUAUUUCUUCACUGUCACUAAUAAAACCUUCUUUUCCAUAUUGAGAUUGUCCUACAACGGCGUGUUGAAGCGGUCAACUUGGGUUCCAAAACCACAACAAUUGUGGAAACGCGUAGAUCGUAUUUUACCGCAUGAUGCAUGCGGGUUAUACAACAAAUGUGGACCUAAUGGUAUAUGUGAUACAAGCAGAUCACGAAUCUGUGGUUGCAUUCAUGGAUUUAAGCCGAGAGACCAAGAAGCAUGGGGUUUUCAAGACUGGACAGGUGGGUGUAUGAGGAAGACUAAGUUGAAUUGCUCUGGAGAUGGGUUUGAGAAGCUUAGGAAAAUGAAGUUGCCGGAUAUUACAAAGUCUAUUGUGGACAUGACUAUUGGGUUGAAGGAAUGCAAAGAAAAGUGCAAUAGGAAUUGCAAUUGUACUGCAUUUGCUAACCCGGAUAUGCAAAAUAGCUGUGUGAUUUGGGUGGGAGAAAUCCUCGAUCUUCGGAAGAGCAUGAUUGCCGGUCAAGAUCUAUUUGUUAGAUUGGCUGCCACUGAUAUAUCGGUGACAAAUUCAAACAAAAAUACAAGAAAAAUGAGUGCAAAAAGCAUAAUGUUGAUUAUUGGAAUCUGCAUUGUGUUUCUUCUGGGUGUCAUUUUCAUAUUGUUCUGUUUCUGGAAAAGAAAGAAGAGGAUUCCAACAAGAACCGUUGCACCACCUAUUGGGAAUUUACAAUGUGUACCGAUGGAGCUAGUAAAGGUUGUCAAGGCCACAGAAAACUUUUCUGAUUGCAACAAGAUAGGAAAAGGUGGUUACGGUAUUGUUUACAAGGGGAUUUUACCAGACGGGCAAGCAAUCGCAGCUAAAAGGCUGUUGGUGAGAUCAGCUCAUGGGAUCGAAGGUUUCACCAACGAGGUGAAUUUGAUCGCCAGCGUUCAACAUGUCAACCUCGUCCAGCUACUCGGAUACUGCUUUGAGGGAGAGGAGAUGAUUCUACUCUUUGAACUAAUGGAGAAUUCCAGUCUCGAUACGUAUAUUUUCGACAAAACCAAAAGCUAUAAGAUUGAUUGGGAGAAGCGAUGGGAUAUAACUAAUGGUAUUGCUCGGGGACUUUUAUAUCUUCAUCAAGAUUCUCGGUAUCGGAUCCUCCACAGGGACCUGAAACCGAGCAACAUCUUGCUUGACAAAGAUAUGGUACCAAAAAUCUCCGACUUCGGGAUGGCUAAGCUAUUUGCAAGGGAUGAGACAGAAGCUACUAGUACAACGAAUAUGGUCGGAACUUUCGGCUAUAUGCCUCCCGAAUACGCGAUAGAUAGGAUAUGCUCUGUCAAAUCAGACGUUUUCAGUUUUGGAGUCUUGCUUCUCGAGAUAAUCGCUGGAAAGAGAAACAACGAAUUCUUAUACUACAACGAAGAAAGCCUUCUUUUCUAUAUAUGGAAGCUCUGGUUGGAAGGAAAAGGGCUCGAUAUUGUAGAUCCUGUUAUCGUUGAUUCCUCAUCAACAUUUCGACCAAGUGAGGUUCUAAGAUGCAUCCAUAUUGGUCUCCUGUGUGUUCAAGAAAGUAAAGAUAAUAGACCGCUGAUGUCGUCUGUUAUGUUGAUGCUCACAAGCGAUAAAACAGAGAUGAAUCAGCCUGAACGUCCUGGUUCUUUCGUCAUUCGAAAUCGUUUUGUGAUUGGUUCCUCAUCAUCAAACCUGCCAAACAAAGAAACUUGCACGCCGUUCGAUAUAGCCGACUGGACGCCCGUUAGUGCUGGGUAAUCAGCUCUUCACCUCAGGCUAAGACAGUCUUUUCUCGUCUAAAUUUUAUUACAUAGUAAAACAAAUGUAUUAUCAUAGUAAAUACAUGCACUGUCAAAUAGUAAGCCUUAAUAAUGGGUUCUUUAUAAGAAAUGCUGUGACUAAAUAUGUUGAUUUUAUAGUUUGUUAUUAUUCCCUCUCAAAUUAUGCAACCCA